CGGGCGAGCGGCUUCUGAACCGCAUUCUAGUCUAGAGCCGACUUACUAGCACCCAGAAAGCUGUACCCAAACAUGGUGCGCAUGAAUUGGAUGAUGAGUGCUAGUGAUGGAUGGCAAGGUAGCCAUAUUUUAAUAUUUAAGCCUUGUGCAACUGAUAGUGAUACACCGUCGAUCCUGCGACUCCUCUAUUCUCUCCGUAGUUUGAAGCAUAGGCCUCUCUACUAGAAUCUCGUUCAACAAGACUUUCAAACUGACUCUGUUUUCUUCGUGCUGCAUUGUGGUGCUCUUCCAUGGCUUCCAUACCACUGGAUAAAGCUAACUUCCUUGCCCUAGUAUGCGAGACCUUGUUAUACGGGUCCUUCACGGUUCUAUUUAUCGCUGCCAUAUAUGUCAUCGUCCGGAAGCGAUCGGGAAUAAACGUCAAACUUCUCUCGACGGUGGUCAUCAUUUGGAUUCUAGCAACUGUGCAUUUGAUUCUAGAUAUAGUUCGUGCCAUCGAGGCAUUUGUUGAGUUGGAGCGUGGAGGGGCGCAGCAAUACUAUUUGGAUUUAUCAAAUCCUUUGCAGGCUGCCAAAACAGCGAUAUAUGUCACCUUGACCCUCGUCGGAGACGGAUUUGUGAUUUAUCGCUGCUUCAUUGUAUGGAAUGGCAAGUGGUGCAUCAUACCUGGCCCUAUUUUACUGCUGUGCGGGACAGGCGUGGGCGGGUUUGGUGCUACUGUUGCCUUUUCCCAUGCUGCACCUGGGGCGGAAGUGUUCUUACCGAAUAUUGUUCCUUGGAUCACUAGUUUCAUCUCAAUGACUUUAUGCACGAAUAUUAUCUGCACUUCUCUUAUAGCCUAUCGAAUUCUUAGCAUUCAACGAGCCGUUCGCAAUGUCAUUCAAGUGAAACCCGCUCGUUCUGCUCUCAUGAUGGUCAUCGAGUCAGCCGCUGUGUAUUCAGCCUCUGUACUUUCGUUAAUGAUCACCUACACGCUCGGUUCGAAUGCUCAGUACACGGUCCUAGAUCUGACCGCACCCUUAAUCGGAAUCACGUUCACAAUAAUUAUUCUUCGUGUCAGUCUCGGCAUCAGCUCUCGAGAACUGACGGCUUUGUCGGUAACCGGGCCACAGAGCAGCGGCCCACAGAGUUUCUCUUUGAGCCGCCGAACUCCCGUCGCAGUAAAUGUCAGUCAUCUCGUUGAGAUGGACACUGGUGAUUACUCGCCCCAAAGGCAAGAUGGUACUUCUGUGACAAAACAUCUCAUGGUAUAGCGUCUUUUUUCUGUGAUUCCAUGAUAUAUAACGGCGUUCUUUUAUAGGUGCAGGCACCGAGCCCUGCCACACUUUCUACGUGCAGAAAUAGAUACCCGCGCUUCAAGUUAAAUAUAUAGCUAAACUUAAAUCAAUCAAUUUGAU